AUGCUGUUCGCAGACUCCGAUGAAGAGCCGGUACUGAGUCUUGGGUUUCAGGACUCCUGCAACAUUCUCGUGUACAUCAACAUGGCAAAGGCCUUGUUUGCCGGCAUUCCGUUCAGCCGGGCUCCGGAUGGCAUGGUCGUCUCCCCGGGCAUCACGGAGAGGCGGCGAAGGAAAACAGAGAAGAUUGGCACCAUACCGGCGGACUUUAUCCUCCGCGUCGUCAACCGAUAUGGGGCCAACCGCGAGGAGGUCUGGCUGCCGGGCCGAG